ACUGCCACCUGCAGUUAUGGAACAUUUUCUCACAAGUAUAAUUAAUUGGCUGAUCCCUCUUGAUGACCUGGAUUAAAUUACGUGAUCCUUCCUUACGCUUCAAACACACCGACUGUGUAGUGCAUCACUGCUGCAUAACAUUUUGCGCAGCUCGGCAACUAUACUGAUGCAGGUACCUUUUGCAAAUGGUCGCAUGCGGUUGGACACAUGGGGGAGAGAAUCAUUUUCGCAGUAUCCUCAAAACCGUGUCUGUUUGACACAACUGCCGACAGGUACAGGGACAUAAACACAAAAGAAAUGCUGCUUGGAGACAAGUGUCUACGAUAGUAGGAUUGCCAGAAGAAGACUGUAGGAGGAAGUGGAGAGGACUCAAGGACAGGUAUCAGAGAGAGAGAAGGGCAGAGAAAGAGAAGAAGAGGUCUGGGUCAGCAGCUUCAGGCCAACAGCCUUGGCGCUUCUGCCACAUUCUUUCUUUUCUGGAUCCAUUUAUUGUGCCUCGGGCAACGAGUGGCAAUUUUACAGCCAGACCCUCUACUGCGUCAUCCACAAGUGUUGUCGCCACCGGUGCAUCAAGACCCUCAACGUCAUCUACAAAUGCGACCAUCACCUCCACCGGUGGAGUGAGACCCUCUACAACAUCAUCCACGAGUAUGACCACUACCUGGUGCAGCUAUGGAAGAUGAUGAAAUGGAGGAAGCACCUCUGGAUCUAGGACCACCUGAGAUUAUUAUGAACCUCACGGAAGUGACCACUGAGGACCUCGUUGAGCAGGAUGUGACGAUGGAGAGAAACAGAGAGAGAAUCGAAGAGGAACAAUGUCACACCAGGUGUCAUCAGAGGUACCAGCACACAGAUCCACUCAACUCAUUUCAGCAGAGGCUCUCCUCCAAGCCGUCGAGAGGGAUGCAGCCUAACCUGAUGCUCACAGGAAGGAGGAUGAAGAGACCCUCUUUGCCAUGAGCUUGGUGCCAACCCUGAGGAGGCUGCCUCAGCAAAGAGAAGCAAAUGUAUCAGCUGCUUUUCCAAGCCGAAUUCAAUGAAAUGGAGUCAAUUUAGCCGACCAGCCCACAGGAAGGACAGGAAGAGGAGAGGAGCUGCCGGGGCCGACCAGCCCACAGGAAGGACAGGAAGAGGAGAGGAGUUGCUGGGGCCGACCAGCCCACAGGAAGGACAGGAAGAGAAGAGGAGUUGCCGGGGCCAACCAGCUCACAGGAAGGACAGGAAGAGGAGAGGAGUUGCCGGGGCCGACCAGCCCACAGGAAGGACAGGAAGAGGAGAGGAGUUGCCGGGGCCGACCAGCUCACAGGAAGGACAGGAAGAGGAGAGGAGUUGCCGGGGCCGACCAGCUCACAGGAAGGACAGGAAGAGGAAAGGAGUUGCCCGGGGCCGACCAGCCCACAGGAAGGACAGGAAGAGGAGAGGAGUUGCCGGGGCCAACCAGCUCACAGGAAGGACAGGAAGAGGAGAGGAGUUGCCGGGGCCGACCAGCUCACAGGAAGGACAGGAAGAGGAAAGGAGUUGCCCGGGGCCGACCAGCCCACAGGAAGGACAGGAAGAGGAGAGGAGUUGCCGGGGCCUACCAGCCCACAGGAAGGACAGGAAGAGGAGAGGAGUUGCCGGGGCCGACCAGCUCACAGGAAGGACAGGAAGAGGAGAGGAGUUGCCGGGGCCGACCAGCUAACAGGAAGGACAGGAAGAGGAGAGGAGUUGUCUGGUUGUUGUUUUGACCUCCCUCAUUGUACCUUUCUUUUCACACACGUCAGUUCCGUUUAAAUUCAGUCAAUUCAUAAAGUCAUUUGUUAAUAAAGUCUUAGGAUUGCA